AUGCAGGUUGAGGACGCACCGGUACCAGAAUUCAUUGAGGAUGAUCUCGUUGAAGUGGAGGUUUUUUACUGCGGUCUAAAUUUCAUGGACAAUUACCUGCGCCUGGGCAUAAUAAGAAACACAGACUUUCCGGUCAUCAUGGGCAGUGAGUGCUCUGGAAUCGCACCAGCUAGCGGAUUUGAAGUCCGUGACAUAGAGGAAGGGCAGCGGGUUUUGUGUCUGAAAAUGCAAGGUGGUCUUUUCCACGGCAUCGCCCAAGUGCCGCGGAAGAACUGCUUCCCAGUGCCGGACAACAUCAGGCUGAUAGAUGCGGUCGGUCUCGGUCUGAACUUCUUGGUGGCUUACCUGUGUCUGUUCGACUUGGCACGCCUCAGGACCGGUCAGACUGUGUUCAUGCAGUCCAUCGCAGGUGGUGUAGGCACUGCCGUUGUGCAGCUUGCUCGACUGGUCCCUUUGGUCAAGAUCUUGGGGACGGCUUCCGUAACCAAGCAUGAAAAACUGCGCGCUCUCGGUGUAAACCGCGUCUUCCGCCACGAUGAAAAUUACGUGGGACAAAUUUUGGAAGAAUACCCUGGAGGCGCAGAUAUUGUCAUAAACACGAACGGCGGGGUAGAUACUGAAAAAUGCUUGAAGCUGGUAAAAGCGUGCGGAAGAUUAAUCAACAUUGGUUCAAACAGCACGGCUAUAUAUCCAAAAACUAAGUUUUGGGGAUUGAAGAUGCCAUCAUGGGAUACCAGACAGAUAUCCACAACACAUAUGAUCAAGAGGAAUUGCGCUGUGAUAGGUCUAAACGUCGGAGACUACCUGGAAAAUGACACGAAGAAAGUGCAAAAAAUACUGACGACAGUGUUCCAGCUUUAUACGAGGGAGCAAAUUCACCCUCAAAUUCAUUCCAUUUUAGAGUUCGAGAAGGUUGUCGACGGUAUGAGGCAGCUGUGCAGUCGAGAGAACUGCGGCAAAGUAAUCCUGUCUGUGCAGGACGAGGCUGCCCGAUUGGAGGUGCCGGAAUACGUCCUGAAUCCCCCACGAAGGGCUAGGUAG